UAAGUUUGGCGAUCGCAGACUGCAGAGUUGCAGACUGCCGACUACUCGACUGCUCAUUGAGAAGUUUGAAAGGGAUAUGCGUACCUAUAUUAAUAUCCGACUGCACGACUGCGAACUGCAGACUGCCAACUGCCGACUGCACAUUCUGGACUGGGCUAAAGCAAGUUGGUUUGAUCGUGUCAGAGCCCGCCGGCACGUGAGCGGCAGAGCCGUGUUCUGCAGUAUGAAACCUGCCUGCGCUGCAUGGGAUAAUCAACUGUGAAUGCCACUGAUGUGAUAUCCUAAGCCACGUCAGAAAUUACAGGAGAUCGAGCAUGGGUGACGAUCCGAACCAGGAUCUGCCGGUGAAGGAGGUUGCGUUGAGCUCCGUGCAGUCUUCGUUGGCAGGCUCUGCCCGGCAGCUGGGGCCGUGCCGGGCCGCGGGAGGUCCCCACGAGGACCAGUACCUCUCCCUGCGGCAGGAGAAUGACGAGCUGAAAGUGCGUCUGCACGCGCAGAAUGACAAGAUGAAGAGGAUGUCCACGAAGCUGGUGCGCCUCAUGUCGGAGCGGAAGCGGGCGCUGGACGGGGGGCCGAGCACCCGCCGCGCGCUGGAGCUGCGGGCCGCGCUGGAGGAGCAGACCGCGCGGGUGGACGAGCUGCAGGCGGCCAACAGCCAGCUGCGGGAGCGCGCGGCGGUGCUGCAGCUGCAGCUGGCGGAGCAGACGCGCGCGCGGGCCGGCAUCCCUGGGUUCCUGCGCUCCCCGCGCCGGGGGAAGCCGCCCUCCGCCGGGUCUGCCGCGGAGUCCCGCCCCUCAGUGAAGUCGGCAGAUCCACCGGACUCCGGCAGAGACGCUGAGGUCCAGAGACUGCACAACCAUGUGGCACUUCUGGAGCAGGAGAAGGCGGGGCUCGCCCGGCGGCUGGAGGAGGCGAAGCUGCAGGAGCAGCGGCACCAGGUGGCGGAGAACGUGGAGCUGAUACGGCUGAAGCGCGGGCUGGCGCAGCAGGCCGCGCAGUUGGCAGCCCUGGAGGAGCGCGCCCAGGCCGCGGAGCAGGACCACGCCCAGGCGCGGCAGGCGCUCGCCGCGGCCCAGCGUGACACAGAGUGCGCGCAGCAGCAGAGGAACGUGCUGAAGAAGCGUGCGCUGGACCUGGAGGCAGAGCUCCAGUCCGUCCAGUCGGAGCGCUGGAGGCUGCUGGAGCUGGAAGUGGCGGUCAAGGACUUGCAGAGGGAGCGAGACGCGCUGCAGGGGCAGAACGCGCGGCUGCUGGCGAUGGCGGAGGAGCGCGCGGGCGAGGCGGCCCAGGGGACGCUGCUGCUCGAGCGGCUGCGGGCCGUGGAGCGAGAGUUGGCAGAAGCGAAGUCGCAAGCAGCGGCCUCUCAGCAAGUUCCCGGCUCACCCAGGAACUCCGGCGGUGGAGACAAAGACAACCCAUUGCUCUCUCAGGUCGGACGGCUCCAGGCGGAACUCUCGCACGAGAUGAGGGAGAGACUCCAGCUGCUGCAGAUGCUGGAGAGACUGCGUGACCCGCAGAUCACGGCCUCUCCUCCGAGGCCGGGGGCGGAGCAGGUGGAGGGUGGCAGCGAGCAGAGGCCUCUGCCCCCCGCUGCAGCGGAGCCUGAGAGGAGCGUCGACCCGAGCCAGGGCCAGGAGCCGGCCCACCUGGCUGCCGACGUCGCCGUGGGGGAGGACUGGAGCAGAGCACAGCCAUCGCGCUCGGUGGGCUGCAUGACGGAGCCGGAGGGGCCUCGCCUCGACAAGUGCCUGCAGGUGUCCUCGAGCGACGCCCAGCCCCGAGUGCCGUCCCUGCAGCAGUCCAGGCUGGCCGUCGCGUGGCGGGCGUCCCGAGCCCGGGCGAGGGUCUCGGACGAGCUGCCGAGCGAAGCCACCGACGCCGACCUGUCCCUCUGCGAGAGGUCCCCGGGGGAAGUGUCCAGCGAGAGUCUCUGCAUCUUCGCGGGGAGCACUACCUGCAAGUCGCAGGGAGAGACGACCGACACGGACGAGAGACCCGCCUGCCUCGACAAGUCGCAGGGUGAAGUGUCUAGCGAGAGUGCGUGCGAGAAGCCCCGUGGCUCCCAGGACGUGAUGAGCUCUGCAUACGUCUCGCUACCGAGCGACAAGUUCACCGCGGUGCAGCACCUGGAGACCAUCGCAGAGCUGGAGAAGUGUCAGGACUUGCUGAGGGUGCAGUGUCGCAUCAACUUUUCUCUCGAGGACGAGGUGGCACGGCUGCGGCAGCGAGCGGCGCCGGCCGAGGCGGGUCACGCGCGGCAGCUGGCGGAGCUGCGCAGGCAGCUGGGCGAGCGGGCGGCCCCCGCCCUCCCUCCGGUGCCGCGCGGCCUCUUCCAGCUGCACGCCAGCACGAUGCAGCUGUGCUCGGGGGCGGCGGAGGCGGGCGAGGGGCGGGCUCUCUUCCUGUCGUGGGUGUUCUGCGACCAGGAGCCGCGCUGCACCCCGCCCCGCCCCGCCCGCCCCUCCGUCGACUACGACUACUCGGCCGUGUACCAGGUGGACGUGGGCCGUUCCUUCCUCGACUACCUCCGCCACGAGGAGUGCACACUGGAGCUGCACGGCUUGGACGAGGCGGGGAACAGCCGGCUGGAGGCGCGGGGAGCGCUACGCUUCUCAGAGCUGCUGCAGUUCCCACGCAACCGCCUGCACACCAGCGUACCACUGCUGGCCCCCGACGAGGGUCGGGCGCUCGUCGCCACCCUGCACUGCUGGUACCAGCUGGCCCUCGGCGCUGACACAGUCCUCCCGCUGCCGCCCGCGGACCCUGCGGAACCAUCCCAGCCUGCUCCGUCGUCGUCGUCAGCUCCCGUUCCCGUGCCGCGAGCCACCUUCCCGUUCAGCCCACUCGUGACCUCGGAGACCGGCAUCGUCCCGACUGCUGCCCCUCGGUCCAGCGCUCAGCCUUCGGGUCAGAACGACGGCGGAGGGACCGGGCAGGGCGCGGCCGCGAUGAAGCGGCUGGCCGACAGCGUGCUGGGGCCGCGCAUCAGCACAGAAGAGUGCCUGGGCCAGAUCCUGGAGGAGAAGUGGCGAGAGAGGCAGCUGGCCGCGACCAAUCAGCUCGUCUCUCCCGUGCUUGGACUGAAGGGAGCGGGUUGCCGGAGACAAGCACGGACCACCCGUAGCGACGUGGGAGGACCCGGGCGCUGGCGGGCUGAGACUCCUGACUGGCUGCGCUCGUGAGGAGACAGUCUGGUAGUUCACAGGUGCGCCAACUUACAACCACUUCCCUCCCCCGCACAGCGACGGCCAGCCUUGCAGUAGUUCUAAGACGAAAAGCGUGCUGUGGGCAGUUGGCUCUGCGUAAGAAGGCAAGCUGUGAUUGGAUGUUGAGGACUCUGUAGGCAUCAUCGUAGGGGAGCCUGUUAUGUGUCACAUCUCUGUUCAUACAUGGUUUGUUUUUAUAAAUAUCUUUACUGCUGAAAAAAAAAUUGUAUUAAUACAUACAUUAUAUCAACUACAUAAAA